AUGAACUCGACGCAAUCCGGGAGCAUCGACUGCAGCAUCAAUAUGCCUGACUCUCACCAAGAUUUCGAUGGGCUUAUAGAAGCCUACCAAAGAGCCAACACCGCGUGGUGGAAGUUCCAUUUUUAUCAGGACUAUGAUUUCGAGUCGGCAAGCUUCGUCGUUCAACUUAGAAUCGUAUGGUUCAGGUUCCAAGCGUGGUCACUGGUUGUGGGAGACAUGAAACAUACAUGGGGCGAUGGCCUUCUCCCAGCACGGCUCUUCAAGCUCAUAACUUCACGAUUGCAUUGCAUCGCUGACCUCUUCGAAGACGCGGUACAGCUGGAAGACUCUCAUAUCUAUAUCACGUUGAGAGCACGGAGGGUGCGAUCGAGGCAGGUCCAGGCUGUGAUGUCCAGAAUGACCUUGGCGAUCCGAUCAAUUGGCUUCAGACUCGACGUGUUAGAGGAGACAGGCAGCGAGCACAUGGACUAUGUCCUGCGUUCGAAUUCGGAUUAUAUGGAUCUCCUGCCCGCUCUGGAAGGCUACAUUGACGAGCUCGAAGCACUUCUGACGGAGGCGGCAAGAAGAACGAACACGAGUAGCUGGAAUGAAAUGACCAUCGCUCUAGUGGGAAGUCUUCGCCGAAAAGACAUCGACCUUGUCCUGGAAGCACUAGGAGGAGGUGAUUCAGCCACAUCGAGCUCAAUCCGCGCCAUCGAGAACCUGAUCCAGAUGAAGGAUGCAAAGCUGCGUCAUUCAAGAACGCUACCUAUCGGAAAGUGCUGGCGACUGGAAGAAUUCGAUCUUCCAAGAGACAUCCAACUCCAAGAUCGAGUAUUGGUUGCACCCAAGAAGGAUUAUGAAGACAUCGUCGGGCCAGGGCCUUUCAUGUUGGAGAGAAGGCGAUACGACCGCGAUAGCAGCCCUGAAGGUAAGGAGCCAUUGAAAGCCCGCCUGGACCGAUUGGCCUUUCUAUUAAGUUCUGAAAUACUUGAUGCAAAGAGUCGGAACUUUAUAGUACUUGGAUAUUGUAAUGACCCAGGUUCGCAAUCUUGGUGGAUGGUUUACCGUUGGCCCUUUUUCUCCUCGAUGGAGAUGAAGCGUCUAAAUCCUCGGAAAUAUCCGAUCAUCUCUGAUCUGAAGAGCUUGUUCGGGAUGGCGGAGUAUGAGCCCCCUCUGGAAGUCAGAUUUAAACUGGCUCACCUGAUUUCCAAGUCACUGGGAGAACUAUUCAACAGCGGCUGGACACACCAAAGCUUCGCAAGUGAUAACAUACUGCUCCCAUCAUAUCCAGAUGUAAGAGGCCCAAAAUUCGAGGCUUCGAUCUUUCCGUCGCCAUACUUGGUCGGAUUGGAGCUGUGCCAGAGUCCCGGGACCUCGCGAGAUGCACAAUCUGCAAUAUAUCGCCACCCUGAGUGCGGGGGCAAGUCUGGAUCCGGAUGGAAAAUGCGGUACGACAUAUACUCGUUCGGUAUGGUGCUGUAUGAAAUCGCCUCAUGGGCCCCGCUCCUCCUAAAUCGACAGAAGAGAGAAAGUUUCUCUGCCAACAAACGCUACUGGAGGGAGGAAGAGGUACCAGAGCUGAGACACCGAGUCUUCGCAACCGUCGAAAAUCAGAUGGAUUUCCACAUGGGAUCGACCUUCCAGAAGGCGGUACGAUGGUGCCUCACCAUGACGGACGAUGAGAACGAAGAGGAAUGGCACUGUGCCAGGGAUUUCCAAAGGCACGUUGUUCAACCUCUUGAGAGAUGUGCAGUGUUCGGCGAAGAGUCACGUGGUAUCACUUCGAGGUCGCGCCCACUGCUGAUUCAGAGGCGUGUUCGAGAGCUGCGAGGGGAGAGCGAAAUUGAGAGUCAGGUUCUUACUGAGGAUACCCGCAUGGAAUUUUAG